CGAGUGCGGCCCGCGGGGCCGUAGCCUGCGUCGCGCCGGGGACAAAGAAGCCAUGCAGUGACACCCGCUAAGAGUUGUUGGUAGCCAUGUCGGAGCCCCACAGGGUCCAGUUCACCUCUCUCCCAGGUUCUCUGAAUCCCACAUUUUUGAAGAAAUCCCGGAAAGAGGAGGUUGGGGGAGCAGAACAGCAUCAAGACCCUGAGCCGGCUGCAGCAGCUGUUCGGAUUACACUCACCCUCUUUGAACCGGAUCACAAGCGCUGCCCAGAGUUCUUCUACCCAGAGCUGGUGAAGAACAUACGAGGGAAGGUGAAAGGCCUUCAGCCCGCAGACAAGAAGAAAGAACUCCCUGAUCCUUUCAAUGACGAAGAAAAGGAAAGGCAUAAAGUGGAGGCUCUUGCCCGGAAAUUUGAAGAAAAAUAUGGUGGAAAGAAGCGUAGAAAAGACCGAAUACAGGACUUGAUUGAUAUGGGGUAUGGUUAUGAUGAGUCCGAUUCCUUCAUCGAUAACUCUGAGGCGUAUGAUGAGCUUGUUCCUGCUUCUCUGACUACAAAGUAUGGAGGAUUUUACAUUAACUCGGGAACCCUGCAGUUUAGACAAGCGUCAGAAUCUGAGGAUGACUUCAUUAAAGAAAAGAAGAAAAAAUCUCCAAAGAAGCGGAAGUUGAAGGAAGGUGGUGAGAAGAUAAAGAAGAAGAAAAAAGAUGACACUUAUGACAAGGAGAAGAAAUCGAAAAAGUCCAAGUUUUCCAAAGCCGGCUUCACAGCCCUGAAUGCCAGUAAGGAGAAGAAGAAAAAGAAGUAUUCUGGGGCUUUGAGCGUUAAAGAGAUGCUGAAGAAAUUUCAGAAGGAGAAAGAGGCUCAGAGAAAGAGGGACGAAGAGCAUAAGCCUGUAGCGGUCUCAGCAGCAGAAGCUCAGGGCCUGCGGGAAUUGGAGGGUGCCUCUGACCCCUUGCUCUCACUCUUCGGCUCCACUUCUGACAAUGACUUGCUCCAGGCGGCCACUGCCAUGGACUCGCUGACUGAUUUGGACUUGGAGCAGCUGCUCAGUGAGUCACCAGAAGGAAGCCCCUUCCAUGAUAUGGAUGAUGAAAGUGAUUCCCUUGGGGUGGGACUGGACCAGGAAUUCAGGCAGCCCUCUUCCCUCCCUGAAGGCCUGCCUGCACCCCUGGAGAAGCGCGUUAAGGAGCUGGCUCAGGCUGCCAGAGCUGCCGAGGGAGAGAGCAGACAGAAGUUCUUCACCCAGGAUAUUAAUGGCAUCCUCUUAGACAUAGAGGUGCAAGCUCGGGAGCUGAGUAGCCAGAGCCGUUCUGGGGUGUAUGCCUAUCUUGCUUCAUUCCUGCCCUGCAGCAAGGACACCCUGGUCAAACGAGCUCGAAAACUUCACCUCUGUGAACAGGGGGGGCGUCUGAAGGAGCCUCUCCAGAAGCUUAAGGAAGCCAUUGGCAGGGCGAUGCCAGAGCAGAUGGCCAAGUACCAGGAUGAAUGCCAGGCGCACACACAAGCCAAGGUUGCUAAGAUGCUGGAAGAGGAGAAAGACAAGGAGCAGAGAGAACGGAUUUGUUCUGAUGAGGAGGAAGAUGAAGAAAAGGGGGGCAGGAGGAUAAUGGGACCCCGGAAGAAAUUCCAGUGGAAUGAUGAAAUCAGGGAACUGCUCUGCCACGUGGUGAAGAUAAAACUAGAGAGCUAUGACCUGGAGAGGAACAAGGCCCAGUCUUGGGAGGACUACGUGAAGGCAUUUCUGGAUGCCGAGGUCAAACCUCUCUGGCCCAAAGGCUGGAUGCAGGCCAGGACUCUGUUUAAGGAGAGCAGACGAGGCCACGGGCACCUGACAUCAAUCCUGGCCAAGAAGAAAGUAAUGGCCCCAUCCAAAAUCAAGGUGAAGGAGUCAUCUACUAAGCCUGAUAAAAAGGUUUCCAUCCCAUCAGGCCAGAUUGGCGGCCCCCUUGCUUUGCCUUCAGAACACCCGGGAGGCACCCUGAGCCUUGGGGCUACGACCAGGGAGCUCUCGUCCCAGGCCCCUGGCAGCCUUGCUAAUCCUGCUCCCAUCAGCCUGGAGGACUCGCUGGAUGGAGACUUGAUCCGUAAUUCCGCCUCCUCCUUGGAGGCUGUGUCCAAGGAACUGGCUGCACUGAACAGCAGAGCAAGCGGGAGCUCUGAGUUCACACUGCCCGCACCCUCGAAAGCGCCGGCAGAGAAGGUCGCGGGCAUUCUGUGUACAGAAGAGAAAAGGAACUUUCCGAAGCCCAGCCCUUCUGCCCCACCACCCUCUAGCUCUCUGCAGUCACCUCUCAAUUUUCUGGCUGAACAGGCUCUGGCACUGGGGCAGUCCUCUCAGGAGAAAAAACCGGAGAGUGCUGGCUACAAGGAGCUGUCCUGUCAGGCUGCCCUCAGCAAGGGCCUGCCGGAAGUGCACCAGUCCAAAGCAAAGCACCACGGCUUGCCACGGACGUCUCACGCCCCUCAGGCGGCCACUCCCGUGCCCAGCCCCCCAGUCAAAGUCUUUCAUGCAGGCGCUCAGCAGCAAAAGAGCUUCACCCCGCCAGCUCCGUUUGUCAAUAAGCUCCAGGGCCCAAAGCCUUCCUCCCCACAGUGUCACCGCUCCCUCCUCCAGCUCGUGAAGACAGCAGCCAAAGGCCAGAACUUUCACCCCUCAACGCCAGCGUCUUCGGGAGGCACGCCAGCCUCUGGCAGCAGCUCUCAUAAGACCUCAGCCUCGUCCUCCACUGCCCUGAGCCAUCCAGCAAAACAGCACUCAGCCAGCUCUUCAGGGCCAUCCUACAAGAGCAGUCCCUUUGCUGGCUCUGUCCCCAAACACGGGAUUUCUUGUGGCAGCUCUUCCUCUGGGGGAACCCCCGUCCAGAGCUCUGCUUCCGGGAGCCUGCCCCCCGGUGUACAGCCUCCCUCUGCAGGGCAGCCUGCCGGCCGACCCGUCCCAGGCUCCGCGGCGAAAAAACCACCCGUCUCCCAGAAGCUGACCCUGGUGGCCCCUCCGGGUGGUCCAAAUGGAGAUUCUGGUGGUGGGACCCAGGGAGUGGCCAAGUUACUGACCUCCUCCCUGAAGCCCAGCGUGGUCAGCAGCGUGACAUCGUCUACCUCCUUGCCAAAAGGAACGAGUGGGGCUGUGCUGCUGACGAGCUCCUCGCCCUUAAAUCUGCUGUCAUCAUCCUACAAGUCUGGCAGCCCAAAGCUGCCCGGGGCUGUGAACUCAAACUCCCUGGGAAUUAUCUCCCCAUUUCCUCUCCGCGUGCUUUCCUUUAGCACCGACUCCCCUGCCAAAGCAGGGGUCUCAAAGGAUGCCAUCGUCACCGGUCCUGCCCCUGGGACGUUCCACCAUGGCCUCAGCCCCAGUCUCCUGGCUGGCUUGCACUCCAGCCCGCCCCACGCAGCGCCUCUCCCACACGCUGCUGUGUCCACCCACAUCCCGCAGAGUCUGCCAGAUGCUUCUCAGCUUCAUGGGAAGGGGUCCGGUGUACCACGGAAAUUGUGACCUCUUCAGAGGAAAGGCCGGUGGCUGAAGGGGAGUAGGUCUCGGAAAUUGGAUAAUCACUGCGCUCUUUCUGCUGAUUGGUUUUCUUCUGGAGAAGGUGUGAGUGCUAAGUGGAGCAUCUCUUGGCACUUGUGACGUGCCUUCAGUUAGGGGAGCAGCCCUGUGUUUCUCCAGAGGCACUGACUGGCCGGGUGCUCCGGGCCUUGCGGCUCUGUCACGGACAAUCGUUGGAGGGGCAGCUCUAGGCUGGGGAGUGCGCUGGGUCGCGUUCGGAGCUCUGGCGGCAGGGCAGAGCGGUUGGCACACCUGUGUGUGAAGUCUGCCCGAUCCCCUGGCGUUUGGUCAGAGUACCUCAUGGCGCCCUACUGGUCAGGGGCUCCUUCUGGCCACAGUAGGAUCUCUGGAUGCUCAUGGUGUCCGUCCCAUCCUCAGGCUGUGUGCUCAACAGGAUAAAAACCUGGGCUAACGCCACAGCUGGGAGACACCUUGUCUCUCUGAAAACUUCUCAGAACACCUAAUGUGUGCUCAUCGUCGGGGCCAGUUUCUCCGCCGAACAUGACAAUGAAGCUCUUUUAGAGAAAAGACCUUUGUAGACUCAACAAUUGUGAUAGGAUUUUUAAAGACACCUAUUUUUGGCUCAGUUUUCAUCAUUACCAUUAAAUGCAUUGGAUAGAAUGGGACUGCUCUUCGCACGUCAUAUUAUAGGAAGACGUAAUUCCAGUGCCUUUAUGGUGGAGCAGAAUUAGACACACGUCCAUUCAGCUGAGUGGAUCUCAGAUGAAGACCUUUUUUAAACAUAUGUCUGUAUUUAAGACAUAGCCUGUUUUGAGUUUUCUGCGGUUGCGCAUCAUAAUCUGUGCCAUCCUGACUCAAAGGUCAUCUGGACCCCCAAAUCCCAUUUCAGCCAGGCCCCCAUUUUGUUUUUCCAGAGUUCAUACAGGUGGACUACAGAGCCCCAAAGCCCUUCUUCAUCUCUUUGAGGGCCGAGGAUAUGAGGGGUUCCAAGUCACAGAUAGACAUUCCAGUUUGCUUUCUUUAGAAAUUGUUCUCAGGCAGAGCUGUGGGGCCAGGCCUCUGUGAAGCAGGCUCUGCAUGUAGAAACGGGCCUUGGAGGCCUGGGGCUCUCCAGGCAGCGGGGCUGUGCACUGACUUAAGGGCGAGGCGCCAGGGAGCUUGAGAGCACAUCAGAGACAGACUAGGACAGUUACCCCUGGGCUCCCGUCACCACGCUCUUCCCACUCAACCAGUGGCUGCUUCACAAGGAUUUUUAGGGCACGUGCCUGUCCUGUGAAGUCUGUGCCGCAAGGUGUGUCUGAACUGACUGCUCCAGCUAAGUGAUUUCAAAUAUGUGGAGAAUAAAGAGCCUCCUCAGAAUGUACACCUGUGUGGAGACACAGGCGGCUCUUUGGUCCCUGACUCCCAGGGUGCAGUGCUCAGUAACUCAGAGUUUGUGCAGAGGUUUGCCGGGUUUCCAGGGGGGUGAGACCGCUGUCAGCUCCCCGGCCAGGCCUCUGCUCUGACUUCUUUUCUACAUAAGAACCCACACGUGUUUCACAUUGGGCUAAGUGGAUUCCUUAUCCCUUUAUUAUAUCUAUUUUUUGCAGCUUGGGUUUCCAGUUUGUUUACAGAAUAGUCUUAGGUAGUAGCAAAAGAGCCAAAGAAGAGAUUUGUAUUGCUGAGCUCAGAGUCGCGCAGAGGCCGUUGGUGAGUGCUGAGCGGUGCGGGAACUCUGCAGGCGGCCGAGGACACCCGGUCCCCCCCGCAGGGCUCCCCCUCCCAGAGACCGUUGAGUGUGCAGCUGGAGCAGAUACCCUCAUUUUAGGAAGCUAGUGAUGCCUCUUGCCUCAGGGAAAUGUUUCUUUGAUGGGGAGUUUACGAGAUUUCUUUUUCUUGUUUAUGCUUUAUUUGUGGUAAUGAGAGAGUGAAUGACUUCCACAGCCACGGCCAGGCCCAGCUGCGGGCAGAGCAGGCUCCGGGCCGGGGGGCUGCGGCGCUGCAGGGCUUUCCCUGGCGCCGUUUCGUAGGUGUGAAAGGGGCUGUGGCUUUUGUGCAGCGACUAUGCUGGUGUUAGGGGGUGGUGUGGAAAUUGUUAAUCUUGUAUAAAGCAACUCAAUAAAUUGUUUCAAGGUUUCCAAAACAUCGUUUCUCAUUCUUUUCUUUUUACUGUAUUUGCAAAUACUCCUUCCUCCUGUAGGAGCUGGUAUAUAUGGAGUAUCCAUUUUGGCUGAAAGCCAAGAGCAGUGGGGGAGUAAGCCUGACACACCAGAGGUGAAGAAACACACUUACACGAAGUUAGGAUCAAGCCACCGGCGUUUAUUUCUGUACUGUGAAUAGAGUUCCUCAUUACUCCCCUUCUCUUAGCAAAUACAUGAGAUACAGAGAACCCGAAAUUGGCUUGGUGAACAGUCAGCUAUGUAGUAUACCUAAACCCCAGUGAGAGAAUAAGCAGGACAUGUAAGGCAUGAGACAGGCUAACAG